AAGAUGACUCAACCUAUCUGCUCGUCGCAAGAUCAAUCAUCUUCUCCUCGGUCUUUGAUCCCGCCACGCAAAUCGGUGGCGAAUUUUCACCGCCGCAGGGGGAGGAGCGUUUUCAGCAUGCUGGUCCAGAGGGAAAUGUCACCAAAAGCAAAGUUUGUGCCAAGGAAACGGUGGGGUAAAAGCAGAUGGUACACUGAUUCCUCAUGCGGAAGUUCCGACCGUGAAUCUAUGAAAGACGCCGAACAAAGCCUUAUUUCAUGGGUUGAGGCAGAGUCGUUGCAGCAUUUAUAUGCAAAGUAUUGCCCUCUUGGACCUCCUCCAAGGUCAACUAUUGCAGCAGCUUUUAGUUCUGAUGGAAGAACUCUUGCUUCUACACAUGGUGAUCAUACUGUAAAGAUUAUUGAUUGCGAAACUGGAAGCUGCUUGAAAGUCUUGAGCGGCCAUCGGAGAACGCCUUGGGUGGUCAGGUUCCACCCGCAACAUUCAGAAAUAGUUGCUAGUGGAAGUUUAGAUCAGGAUGUCCGCUUAUGGAAUACCACAACUUCAGAAUGUAUAAAAUCUCAUGAAUUCUAUCGGCCUAUUGCUUCUAUCGCUUUCCAUGCUGAGGGUGAACUACUUGCUGUUGCUUCUGGUCAUAAGCUGUACAUGUGGCAUUACAAUAUGAUAGGAAAGGAAUCAUCACCAACCGUUGUAUUGAAGACGAGACGCUCUCUGAGAGCCGUACACUUUCACCCUCAUGGGGCUCCAUUGCUCAUAACCGCAGAGGUGAAUGAAGUUGAUCCAUUAGAUUCCUCAUUGUCUAGACCAACAUCUAUGGGUUACUUGAGGUAUCCACCCACUGCUAUCUUUCUCACAAGCCCUGAAAGCAGCCGAGCUAGUUUGGCACUGGAAGUACCACUUCCGCACAUGUCUGUGCCUACAUCUUCUGUAGAUGCUCCAAGAAUUUCUCUGAGCUCUGCAGAAAACAGGAACACAUCCAAUGGUCCUGGUUCCAAUAGCUUUCCAGGAAAUGGCAUGAAUUUAAAUGAAGCUCAAACUGUUGGAAGAAACGAAGUUCUUAACCAAGUUUCAAAUCGACCAGAUCUCCCUGAGCUUGGACAGAUCCAGAGAUUAUUUCAAUUGGGGGAUCGAGUUUCAUGGGAGUUACCUUUUCUACAAGGAUGGUUGAUGGCUCAAGGUCAUGGUGUUGCUGAUUCAGUGGUUCCUCCUAGUGGCAUCUCGGCUCCUAACACAGGCUCUUCAGCAUCUCGUUUAUCCACAGCCAGUCUGGAAGCUGCGGUAGCGUUGUUAGAAAUCCCGAGCUGUGUUAACUUACAUGGUGUUCCUGGAAGAGGCAGAAACACUGAACAAACUUCACAACCCGGACCAGCAGAAGGUGUGUCUUCUCGUAACACUCAACGUGGAAGUGAUGCUCGACCUGUAGUGAACAGGGUCCAGUCCGAACUUGCUACCUCAAUUGCUGCUUCUGCAGCAGCAGCAGCUGCUUCAGAAUUACCUUGUACUGUCAACCUCAGAGUAUGGCCGCAUGACAUCAGAGAACCAUAUGCACAACUGAAACCUGACAGAUGUCUAUUAACAAUACCUCAUGCCGUCCUUUGCAGUGAAAUGGGAGCUCAUUUUUCGCCAUGCGGGAGAUAUUUAGCAGCAUGUGUUGCAUGUGUUUUCCCUCAGGCUGAGACAGAUGCUGGACUGCAGACACUAUCCCAACAAGAUUCAGGGCUUGGAACUUCCCCGACUCGACACCCUGUCACAGCACACCAAGUCAUGUACGAGUUCCGUGUGUAUUCUCUCCAAAAGGAAAGUUUUGGUUCAGUACUUGUGUCACGGGCAAUUAGAGCUGCGCAUUGCUUGACCUCUAUCCAGUUCUCGCCAACCUCCGAGCAUAUACUGCUUGCAUAUGGACGGCGUCAUGGUUCUCUUUUGAAGAGCAUCGUUAUUGAUGGUGAAGCAACAUCACAUUUCUUCACAGUGUUGGAGAUUUACAGAGUUUCAGAUAUGGAGCUUGUGAGAGUACUCCCAAGUUCAGAGGAUGAAGUAAAUGUUGCUUGUUUUCAUCCUUCUCCUGGAGGUGGUCUUGUUUAUGGGACAAAGGAGGGGAAGCUGAGGAUCUUCCAGUACAAUACAGCUGAAACCUCUAACUUCACUGGACCAAAUACUUAUCCUGAGGAGAACUUGUCCGAGAUAGCGUAG